CGGCCCCCGGGCCCCCAGCCAUGUCGGCGGAGGAGAUGGUGCAGAUCCGCCUGGAGGACCGCUGCUACCCGGUGAGCAAGAGGAAGCUCAUCGAGCAGAGCGACUACUUCCGCGCCCUCUACCGCUCCGGCAUGCGCGAGGCCCUGAGCCAGGAGGCCGGCGGCCCCGAAGUGCAGCAGCUGCGCGGCCUCAGCGCCCCGGGCCUGCGCCUGGUGCUCGACUUCAUCAAUGCCGGCGGGGCCCGCGAAGGCUGGCUCCUGGGCCCGCGCGGAGAGAAAGGCGGGGGCGCGGCGGAGGAGGAGGAGAUGGACGAGGUGAGCCUGCUGUCCGAGCUGGUGGAAGCGGCCUCCUUCCUGCAGGUCACGUCCCUGCUGCAGUUGCUGCUGUCCCAGGUGCGGCUCACUAACUGCCUGGAGCUGUACCGCCUGGCGCAGGUGUAUGGGCUGCCCGACCUGCAGGAGGCCUGCCUGCGCUUCAUGGUCGUCCACUUCCACGAGGUGCUGUGCAAGCCCCAGUUCCACCUUCUGGGGUCUCCUGCUCAAGCUCCAGGGGAUGUCACCCUGAAGCAGAGGCUGAGAGAGGCUCGGAUGACUGGGACUCCUGUCCUGGUGGCCCUGGGGGAUUUCUUGGGGGGACCCUUGGCCCCUCACCCCUACCAGGGGGAGCCCCCGUCCAUGCUCAGGUAUGAGGAGAUGACUGAACGUUGGUUCCCACUGGCAAACAAUCUUCCUCCCGACCUGGUCAAUGUCAGAGGUUACGGGUCUGCCAUCCUGGACAACUACCUCUUCAUAGUGGGCGGGUACAGGAUCACUAGCCAGGAGAUCUCCGCUGCGCAUUCCUACAAUCCCAGCACCAACGAGUGGCUCCAGGUGGCCUCCAUGAACCAGAAGAGGUCUAACUUCAAACUUGUGGCUGUUAAUUCAAAACUCUAUGCCAUUGGUGGGCAGGCCGUUUCUAACGUUGAGUGUUACAAUCCUGAGCAGGAUGCGUGGAAUUUUGUGGCACCCUUACCAAAUCCUCUAGCUGAGUUCUCCGCAUGUGAGUGUAAGGGGAAGAUUUAUGUCAUUGGAGGAUAUACGACCAGAGACCGGAACAUGAACAUUUUGCAGUACUGCCCCUCUUCCGACAUCUGGACACUCUUUGAGACAUGUGAUGUCCACAUUCGCAAGCAGCAGAUGGUGUCUGUCGAGGAGACCAUCUAUAUCGUGGGGGGAUGUCUCCAUGAACUGGGGCCCAACCGGAGGAGCAGCCAGAGCGAGGACAUGCUCACUGUGCAGUCCUACAACACUGUCACCCGGCAGUGGCUCUACCUCAAGGAGAACACGUCCAAAUCAGGUCUUAACUUGACUUGUGCGCUCCAUAACGAUGGCAUCUACAUCAUGAGCAGAGACGUCACCCUGUCAACCAGUUUGGAGCAUCGGGUUUUCCUCAAGUACAACAUCUUUUCGGAUAGUUGGGAAGCAUUUAGGCGUUUCCCAGCCUUUGGACAUAACUUGCUGGUUUCUUCUCUUUAUCUGCCCAAUAAAGCAGACACAUGACUGAAUUGACUUAAUAUUUAAAAGAAACCUGGUUUGAGACAAAAAAAAAAAAAAAAAAUUGUAGUGUCCCAUUUCAAGGGAGACUGAUUUUUAAAGGGAAAACUGUUAAAGUAGAUCACGUAUACAACAGCUGUAAAUAAGCUUACUUGAACUAAUUACUUGAAAACUUGUGGAGAAAAGAGACCAAUUUUAUUAUUUUUUUAAUUAUUGGUUUUUAAAUUAUGGGAGCAAAUCCAUGAUAACAUUUUCAUCCAAAUAUGAUACUCUUAGGCCUGUGACAAACUGAUCAGUAAAAGGAAGAGCCAUUAUGUCUGCUUAAUAAUUGGCAUGAAUGGUAAAGAUGAUUUUAAAAUCUGUUUUAUUUAGGUCACUUGGAAUAUUAUUAAUACCUUAAGUGAGAGAUUUUCUUGUUAUUAAUUUCCUCGACAAAUGUUUAUAUUAACACUGUCAUUCUCCCCUCCUCACUCCCAAUUAUACCCACAUAAACUUCCACUAUGUUUAAAAUAGGGUUCUAUGUUUAGAUAUUUUAUUUGCACAAUGCCUUCCAGGAAACUUAAAAUGAUGGAACCCUACAGUGAAGUCUUGCAAGCAUUCAGUCCUCCCCAAAACUUGCAUAAAAACAUUCUCAACUAUUUUUCCAGUCUUUUUUUUUUUGCAGUUAUUAAUGCUGAGUAAAUAGGUAGAUAUAACCUGGCUUCAUUUAUAUGGCAGAUUGCAGAUUUGUGUGGUCAGCUAAGUUACAUUGCUAGGCAUUAUGUAUCGUUUAGAAGAGAGGAUAUAUUGUUUAAAAGGAUGGAUAUAUUUUUUUAAAGUUGAGUCUUAAAUUUACAUUCAAAUGGGACAGGAAGGAAAUACCAAAUAAGAAAAACAAUUGCCUUUAAUAGUUACUUUUAUUGAAUGUAUUUGACUCAGUUCUUUUUUUAAGGUCGAAAAAUAACCUUGUCAUAUUUAGAGCAGGCAUCUUUCUGAUUUAAUUUUAGCCUUUUAUUUCUCGCUUUGCUUUUGUGAGGUGAGGUGACGAUAGCUGUGAAACAUUUGUGCUGGAGAGAAGGGGAGAUAGCUCCUAUAGAAGUGGAAUGGCAUCCGGUGGUAUUUCUGAAAUUAGGUAAGCAGCUCUACUUGCCUUAGUUGUUAUUCAGAUGGAACCCAACUCAAGUAAUUGUUUGUUUUCAGUUAGUCAGUUAACGAAAGAUAAAAGCUUCUGCCAAUCGUAGACCAGCAUUUCUUUAAAAAUGUAUACACGUGCUUAUUGAAAUUUUGUUUUGAAUGAAAAACACUUUCUGAAAUUCUCUGAUCUUUAGUAAUGGAAUCAGUUUCACCGUGAGCUGGAUUCCAUCUUUUUGUUCUAACCUUCCAGUUACAGCGUGCCUCACUUUAAGAAAGUCACGUAGAAAAACUGUCGCUGGCAAAUUCAUGCAUCCAGCAGACAGUUACCGAGUGCCUCCAGUAUGCAUUCACUGUGCACGUGUAGUAGAGAGGAGUCGAUUACUUCAACAGAGUGCUUCAGUUUAUCAAAAGAGUCACUACAGGGUUUCUUUACGACCAUGGCCUCCUAGUAGAUUUAAAAUAAGGGUCUGGUUGUAAAAAUUCUAUUUGCACAACUUUUCAGGAAUGCUUCUACUAGGUAAAACGUGUUAAGCCUUUAUAGUAGACAUGGAGACAGAUCUUUGUAUCUUGUCGCCAAAUAGUCUUAUCAGUACUCUGCUUAGAACACUAUUUGUAGUUUUCUAAGCCACAUCCAUUUACUCUCAAAUACUUAGCCCGUUAUUUUUCUUUUUAAACUCUGACCUGAAAUUUUCCUGGGAAUGGUACUUUAAUAGGUUUAUAUUAAUUUAUAUUCAUUAUAGAAUUGAAUUUCUAGUGACCUAUAAUUUCAUUACAGGUAUUUAAAAAUCUAAUUUAUUUUAGAUAGUGUAACUUCUCUUGUCACCGAGCUUAACUUUUUUAAGGCUUAACUUUAUAUAUUUUUAAGAUUCUAGCUGGUUGCAUUAGUUCUGGACAAAGAAUUGGAGAUUAGCUUGUAAAUAACCACAUUAUAUAAAAUGUAAUAUUAGUCCUCCCAACCAGUUUACUUCCUGAUUACAUUCUUCGAGGUCUGUUUUCCUAAUGCCAACAAUUAGAUUCUUGGACCAAGUGAAGGCGUACUCUGAUCCUCAAAACUCUUUUUAUAAAUCAGGUUUCGUGUGUGUGUGUGUGCAUUUAUGUGCGUGUGCAUGUGUGUGUAUGUGUGUGUGCACUGGCAUAUAAUAGCUCUCUCAAAGAUACACAGACUUUUAAUAAGGUUUUGGACUCUGGGCUGCCAGCAGUGCUUGGGCAGGGUAGAGUGUGCAAUAGGAACAGAUCUGUGGAUUUGGGACAUCAUCCUUCCUGCCAUGCACAUCAGCUGGGUUAACAUUUUGAGGAUAAUUUUAAUUCAGCUUUGUUCUCUUGUUGGUGCCAAUGUUAUGUCAAAGACUCUACCUGUGAUGAGAGCAAAGUUUCUUUGAAUCUCUCUCCUCAUCCUUCAGGAUUUUGCUCUUAGAUAAUAUCCCUCUGUUUGCUUUCUUUCUCUAAAUGCUUUAUCUUUUUUUUUUUUUUUCCGAAAUGCUUCUGUGGUGCGCUGACUUCCCACUAUGGAGAGGGGAGUUACUGGCAGGACCCCCACUGGUAGUCAUCCUGCCAGAAGCAACUAUUUUACUAAAAAGGGUCUGAAUGGCAGAGAAGGAGUCCUGAGUGUGGAUUGGAAGAGGGAGGUUAUUGGUUCUUUUUGUUAUUCCUUCUAGCUUUCUUUUAAACAACCUUGUUUUCAGAGUUUUCUCCCCUUCAAGUUCUUUAAAAGUUUUUCUGAUGAAUGUGUAAGAGUUGAUUAUUUCAAUAGUAUUGAUUAAGUCAUAACAAUGAAGUACUGAGAAGGUUAUGGAUACUAGUAAGAAAUAAGUAGAUCGAGGUUAAGCACAAAUACCAAAGAGAGUUUGACUCUGCCAUUUUUUUGAACCAAAAUCCCAAGUAAUUCCAAAUGCCUUAGAUUUUAAUUAAAGUCGUACUGAGAUGGACAAAGCUUUUUGUCUACAAAGAGAGAAAUCAAGUAAACACCUGUUCUCUCUAAGUAAACAAUUAUUUAUUGAGCAUUGUGGAUGCCAUGUUUUCAAAUUUGCAGGUAAAAUCAUAACUCUACCUGUUUGGCCACACAGGUAAGUUGAAUGGAAUGGCCUUGGCCUUCUGGUCAACCAGCAUUUAAUGAGUAUCGCUUAAUGCAGAGGCAGCAUAGCAACAGAAAGGUAAUAUGGGUGAGUGCUGAGUGCCUUCCUCGUUGACCAGAGAUGGGGAAUAUAUAACAUCUGUGCCACCAUUCUUUCAAGGCGGCAUUAAGAAUGAGUGGCACACCUUUCCUCUAUGCCAGGAAUUGGUCUCAGAAUCCGGGUCAUCAAUGCUUCCAGGCAUCUAUUCCCAGUCCAUCAGAGAGAGAUGAGGUUUAUUUGUCAUCCCUGCCUCAGACAGAAGAGUGAAUGAAUUAGGUGAGUAGAUACCACUCAAAAUGGCUUUGAAAGCAAUGAACUAAUUCAGCUCAGUUCCCUGGUUCCUGGAAAUACUUACCGAAUGUCUUAUGUGCAAGACAAUGCGAAGAACUGGGGAUGCAGAUGUAAAUAAGCUACCAUCUCUGACCUUGAAGAGCUUACUGCUUUACGAAAAUGUUCACCUUCACCGUAAUCGUAACUACAGUAUCCUUCUCAAAGAUGCUCACUUUUGUCAGGCACCCUAGGGCUCUUUGGCCUGGCUGCCCUUUCAGUCCUGGUUUAAUCUGCCCAUUUAUGUCUACUAACAAUCAUCAUGAACCAGUUUUUCUCUAAAUUUGAACAUCAUGUUUUUGGUUUUUUUUAUGGUAUGGUUUCUUUCUCACUACUUUUCAUAGUCUUCUAUGUACUUCAUUUUUUUGAAAAAAAAAUUACGUGAUCUGCUUUAUUUAAAAAUACAUACUAGGCACCACAGCCUAUCUAGCUGAAGGCUCAGCACCUUGAGCCUGUGAAAAGAAGGAGCAAAGCCAGGGAAGUAAGUAUUGGGAGAGAGGCAAGCUGUUCGCAUGUGCAUUUUAACCUAUGCCUUUAAAACACUUUCACAAAAAGUAUUAAUAAAGAAAUGGUCAUUUAGACACUAGUCUAGACUAAAAGUCAGUUGAUUUUGUCUUUGUGAUAACUAUCAAAGGUUAGUUUUCCAUCCUUAUGUUUCAUUCACAUAGGAGUAUUUGUUUUUCAUUUUCUUAACUUUGGAACAUGAUAUAAAGUACACACCAGUUUACACAUGCUGACUUCUGCACUUGACAUAACCAUUUUUAUCCAUUCCUAUAGGAGACAGACUAAAUGUAAAAGUUGUCAAUUCUGAGAAGCAAAAGUGUGUUGAAAAUACUUUGGUAGGUUUGGCCGGUGCUUUCUCAAAUGGAUGUCAUCGUUUGUUACUAGUAAAGAAAAGGAAAAUAUAAUUUGCAUUAUUGUGUCAUUUUUCUAAAAAAAAAAGUCUUCAUAGGGGCUCUUUAGAUGUCUCUACGAUGUUUUCAUACCUAGUAGUCAUUUUAGGAAAAAUGAUAAUCUGUAGAAUGAAUAGUUAUGUUUUGUUAUGACCGAUAACUUUGUUUAAAAGGUUGUAUUGAAUCUUCAAUUUCACGUGUGGCUUAAAAUGUAAACAAUAUCAUUUAAAUACAAUGAUGCUUAUGAAGCACUCACUGAAAAAGCGUUCUUUUUGUGUUUAGAACUAUAGAAGAAAAUCUCUUCAAAUAAAGUAGUUCUAAAUCA